AUGAUGGGAAAAUGUGGGGAAAAUGAUGGGAAAAUGAUGGGAAAAUGUUGGGAAAAUGAUGGGAAAAUGAUGGGAAAAUGUUGGGAAAAUGUUGGGAAAAUGGGAAGAAGGGAGAAAAAAAAGGAGAGAAGAAAGGGGGAAAAGAAAAGGGAGAAGAAAAGAGAGAGAGAAAAAAGGGGAGGGGAGGAAAGGGAAGGAAAAGGAAGGAAAAAAGCAGAGGGGAAGAGAGAAAAGGAGGGAAAAGGGGGGGAAGAAAGAAAAGGAGAGAAGAGGAGAAAAAGAGAAGAGAGGAAGGGAGAAGAGGGGGGAAAAGGAGAGGGGAGGAGGAAAAAAGAAAGAGGAAAGGAAAAGGGGGAGGAGAAGAGGGGAAGAAAGAAGGAGAGGAAAGGGGAAGAGGAGGAGAGGGGGAGAAAGAAGGAGAAGGGAGAGGAAAGAGAAGGAGAGGGGAAGAAAAAAGAAGGAGAGGAAAGGAGAAGGAGGGAGAAGGAAGGAGGAAGGAAAGGAAAAGGAAAAGGGAGAAGAGGGGAGAGAAGGGGGAAGAGGAAAGAAGGGAGGGAAGAAAAGGAGGGGGGAAAGAAGAGAAAGAGGAGAGAGGGAAAAGAAAGGGAGGAAGAAAGAAGAGGGGAAGAAAAAAGGAGAGGGGGAAAAGGGAGGGAGAGGAAAAAAAAGAAAGGAGAGGGGAGGGGAAAAAAAGGGGGGGGAGGAGAAGAAAAAAAGGGAGGAGAAAGAGAA